AUGAAGAGAUUCUGGCUGAACUUUAAACAAGCUUUCAGAGUUCGAAAUUUCGUGAGAGAAAAAUGGACCCUGGCAGACGUAGGAAACCUCUUUUUCCUAACGAUCCUAUACAUCCUCCAGGGAAUCCCGCUGGGACUGUGGAGCACAAUCCCAGUCCUGCUGAACAACAGAACCAGCAACUUUAAGAUCGGACUCAUGACGCUGGCGACGCUCCCGUUCUCACUGAAGCUGCUGUGGGCGCCAGUGAUGGAGUACUACUACGUGGAAAAACUGGGAAAGAGGAAGAGCUGGGUGCUGCUGUCGAAGAUCCUAUCGGGGUUGCUGAUCUUUUACGGAAGCUUCAAGGGGAGAAUGGACAGGUGGCUCUUCCCAGAGCACCUGCACAUAGUGAGCCCAGACACGAGCUACGACCACGACCAAAUAAAGCUGCUGAAGAUCUUCCUGUUCUUCCUGGCGCUGAGCUUCCUGGUGGCUACUGAGGACACGGCGCUGGACAGCUGGGCAAUAGCGAUGCUGAGGCCGAGGAUGCGAGUGCACGCAGCCUUCGUCAACUCGCUGGGGAACUCGGUAGGAUUUAGCCUGCCCUUCUUCCUGAUACUUAUUUCGAGCACGUUCUUCCACAAGUUCACGAAGCACUUCAAGUACAACAUCGAGCAUCACACGAAGGCGGACUGCAGGUGUCACCCGGUGUACGGAAAGAUACCCGAAGACCGCCUGGUCACAGUCUCAGGCUUCAUGCACAUGUUCUGCAUCUGCAUCCUGGUGGUAUCGCUGAUCAUCUUCCUGAAGAAGGAGAAGCCGGAGCCGCUGAACAGGGACAUGUUCUCGCCGGACAACUCGUUCGAAGAGACCUCGGACAAGCCAGUCCUGGAGGAGAAAACGGACGUGGAGUCGGGAGCGGACACGAGAAAGUACAAGCUCUUCAACUCGUACGGGAUGAUGGUGAGAGUGCUGCAGCUGAAGCCAGUGAAGUCGCUCGCGUUCAUACUGCUGACCAAGUACCUGUUCUUCGCACCAGAGAUAGUAAUAGACCUUAAGAUGAUGAAAUACGGCCUCGCACAGGACCUGUACGGGUUCCUGUGCUCCUUUUCAAUAGUAGUGGAUGUGAUUUUCCCGUUUCUGAUAGCCUUUUACAUUUCAAGGUUUGGUUUCACUAACACGCAGUACUACGGUCUUUUCGUGAGAUAUAUAUCGUUCGUGGGUUCAGUAGUGUUUCUGGUGGUGACUAAGUACUUCUUUAAAAAGGAACAUGAGGAGGCGGCACACGCAAUAUACUUUGUAGCAUUGUACUAUAUACUGGUGAUAAGGAAGACGAUACAGCUUAAUAACUUGGCGACGGAGUUCGGAUUGUUCAACAAAGUCUCAGACCAGAGCAUAGUGACGUUCUACGUGGCGCUGCUCAAGAGCCUAUCGAAUCUGGGUAACUUCUACCCAAGCUUCCUGUCACUGGUACUGGUGGAUCUCUUCACAAUAAGUAAGUCAUGGUCAAGGAUAGCUAAGAAAAUACACGUCGAUGGAGUGUACGUACUGUCAGUAGUGGCAAUAAUAUGCGGGUUCAAGUUCCUUACGAAGUAUAAGCCAAAGUAUAGAAUGGUGAACUACUACAGCGAUAGCGAGUGGAGAGUAGUAAAGCAGACAAACAUAGAUAAAGGGGAAAAUAUGUUGAAAAUGAGGGAAACAGUAACAAAUGGUCAGGAACAAGCAUGGGAAUCUGGGUGGGGUCACUAG